AUGUCAAAUGAAGUGUUUGAUGCUGUUGCAGACUUUUUACAGUUCUGCGGCAUGAAUUCUACACUUGCUGUUUUUCAAAGCGAGCGUCUCUCGAUUCCUCCAAUCGAAGAAAUCUCCAGACAAAGAUCUGAAUCGCAAUCAGAGUUUAAACGUGACUUAGUCAACAGUUUAACAACAGGUGACUGUCAGAGAUUCAGAGUACUUUGGAAUUCGAAGUGGUCUGCACCACCAGAUCAAAAUGCACAACAUUUAAUCUUCUUAUGUGAAGUAUUCUUUGCUGUUUUUCCAUUACAUCCAGCAAAUCGCGUUAAAUUCGGUGAUAUUAAUGACUCCCUCAAAAGAUUUAAGGACUUCCUCGAUUCACAUACUUCAGAUUUAUCUCAAUCUACCGAAUUUCUUCCAUACUAUGCACUUCCUUACAUUCCAAAUCCAGCCGAUCACCCAUCGUUUAAGCAUAUCUUCACAAUUGAUUGGUUCAAUCAGUUGAAGAAACGCUUAAGUGAUUGGCUCGACCGCCAAAUCAGCGGUUCUCAAUUACCACUCAUCGUUACAGCAUUAAGGUCACCUACAGACCAGACAGCAUCAACAGAUGCCGAGCUUUGGUCAGCAGCUCUCGAAUUAGCAGACGCAUUACAACAUGCAAUGCAAGGAGAAGCUCCAACUCGUGAAAGAGUUGAUGCAAUGUUCCGCCGUAUCGGAAUUUUCUCCGGUGGUGCUGUAAAAUUCACUGCUACAACAGAUUUCUCUCCUCUCGACUUCACAAAGGUCAAAAAGGAGUUACUCAAUACAGAAGCAGCUGCUCCUCUUCUCAAAGCCAUGGUUAACAGACUUACUCGCUCUCCUGCCGAACACGUCAGGCGUUUCUUCAUCGAACUUAUCGAAGGAGACGUUUUUGAUGUCCAAAACGGCAAAAUUUUACCACCUCUGUUAGCUUCUACAGGCCCUGCUCGCGUCUACUGCCUCAGAGUCAUGAAUAUCCUUGCAACUGAUAGUCCAGGCCGUACUUAUUUACUCAAACAUCCAAAAUUAAUCGAAAUUCUCUCGAAGAUGCUUAAAGAUGAAGAUUCAAGCGAUAUGAUGAACAUCAUCGGUAUUUUACAGAAGCUCAGCUUGAUGAAAGCUGCAAAACCAGAGAUGUUGAAGACAGGAAUAUUCGAUCAUUGUCUCAAGAUGCUUUCAGACCCGUCAAGAUACUCAGAAUAUACAGCGGAAUAUACAGUUGCUUUAUUACUUAAUCUUUCGUCAAUACAUGAAGCUGCUCAGAAAUACUUGACUAAUGACGGCUUGUCAAUAUUGGCCGAGCUUUCUGGAGCACCAAAUCCACAAUUACAGUCAUAUUCCCUCGUUUUACUCGCUCAAUUGUUUAUGAAAGAGCCAAGUUUGAGAGAAAAGGCCAAAGCUAUCGGUUUGCCAGUUCUAUUUGACCAAAUGAGACAGAACGCCGACCAAUCAAUAGCUGAAGAGAUCAACUUAGUAAUCAGAGCUAUUGGUGGCGAAAUUCAAAACAAUGGUGAUUUAGAUAACGAUGACGAUGACGCUGGCUCAAUGUUUGACGCUUACGAAGAAGUCGGCGAUGAGCAGUGGACAUUCGAAACAGAAGGUGAAGCUUUGCUCGCGAAGUACGUAAUCGCAGAUCAAUCUGCUGGUCAAAAGGCCGCUUCUAUUGAUUCUUCCUUAAGAUUAUCUGUUAGCAAAAUGAGUGUUUCACCUGAUGGUCAACAUUCAUCACGUAGACCUGUUACUCCUGGUAAAUAA